UUUCGCGCCAAAACAAUAGACGUGCUUGUGAGGAUUGUGUAGUUUUGUUUCUAUCGUUUUUGGUUUAAUUAAUUAUUAUGGAAGGGUUUGACGAGCCCCAAAUUUUCUUUAGUGAUAACUGGGGAGGUGAAGAAAAUCAAGGAGAUAAUGGUACAAUUAAUUUGCAAGCAGUAAAGAAGAAAUUCAAGGAAUUUAUAAGGCAAUUUCACACAGAAAAUUUCAACUAUAAAUACAGAGAUAAUUUGACGCGUAAUUAUAACCUUCGUCACUAUUUUUUGGAUAUUAACGUCGAAGAUUUGGGAAAUUUUGAUGAAACUUUGGCAGAUAAGUUGUUUAAACAACCGGCAGAACACCUGCCCAUCUUUGAAGAAGCUGCUACAGAAGUGGCUGAUGAGUUAACAGCACCCAGGCCUGAAGGAGAAGAAAAAGUAGAGGAUAUUCAGAUUAUGUUUAAUUCAGAAGCCCAUUCAUCCAAUUUAAGGGCCUUGAAGUCUGAUGUAGUGUCGCGUCUGGUUAAAAUCCCUGGUAUUAUUAUUAGUGCCUCAGGUAUUAAGGCAAAAGCAACAAAAAUAUCAAUUCAGUGUCGAUCAUGUAGCAAUGUUAUAUCAAAUUUACCAGUUAAAGCUGGACUUGAAGGCUAUGUUAUGCCACGCAAAUGUAACACAGAACAAGCAGGUAGACCUAAAUGUCCAUUAGAUCCGUAUUUUAUUAUGCCUGAUAAAUGCAAAUCCGUUGAUUUUCAAAUACUCAAACUGCAAGAGUUACCUGAUGGUAUCCCACAAGGAGAAAUACCUAGACAUAUGUUGUUAUAUUGUGAUCGGUAUUUGUGUGAUAAAGUUGUACCAGGCAACAGAGUAUUUAUAUUAGGAAUAUACUCGAUUAAGAAAGUUUCUAGGCCAUCUAAAAGAGAAGGUAGAGAAAAAGCUAUUACAGGUGUGAGGGCAGCAUAUAUGAGAGUCUUGGGCAUGCAAUUAGAUAACGACGGAAUUGGAUCUCCGGGAUGUGGUGUGGUAACCUCUGCAGAGGAAGAUCUAUUCCGGAGAAUGGCAGCCAUGCCAAAUAUUUACGAGAGAUUGGCCAGCAGCGUGGCACCUUCAAUUUAUGGAGCCUUGGAUAUUAAAAAAGCAGUCACUUGUUUACUUUUUGGAGGUUCCAGAAAAAGGUUGCCAGAUGGUCUAACUAGGAGGGGUGAUAUUAAUGUGCUUCUGUUGGGUGAUCCUGGUACUGCCAAAUCCCAAUUGCUUAAGUUUGUUGAACGAGUAGCCCCAAUUGCUGUGUACACAUCAGGCAAGGGCAGUUCAGCGGCUGGUCUAACAGCGUCUGUGAUGCGAGAUCCAGCCUCCAGAAACUUUGUUAUGGAAGGAGGAGCGAUGGUUUUAGCUGAUGGCGGUGUCGUUUGUAUCGACGAGUUCGAUAAAAUGAGAGAAGACGACAGAGUUGCCAUUCAUGAAGCUAUGGAACAACAAACAAUUUCCAUCGCCAAAGCCGGGAUUACGACUACUUUGAAUUCUAGAUGCUCUGUCCUUGCCGCCGCAAAUAGUAUUUUCGGACGAUGGGAUGAAACUAAGGGAGAUGAAAAUAUCGAUUUUCUGCCCACAAUUUUGUCUAGAUUCGAUAUGAUUUUCAUUGUUAAAGAUGAGCAUGACCAAAGAAGAGAUAUGACUUUGGCCAAACACAUUAUGGGUAUUCACAUGAACGCUGAUCAAAUAACUCAAGAGCCAAAGGAGGGAGAAUUAUCAUUGGAGCUUCUUAAAAAAUACAUAAAUUAUUGUAGAACAAGAUGCGGACCCAGAUUAAACAAAGACGCCGCUGAAAAACUGAAGAGGCGAUAUGUUAUGAUGAGAUCGGGCGCAAGUCAACACGAAAAAGAGAUUGACCACAAGAACUCUAUUCCUAUCACCGUUCGUCAACUGGAGGCCGUAAUUCGGAUGUCUGAAGCUCUUGCCAAAAUGCAGUUACAACCGUUCGCGACUGGCAGUCAUGUAGACGAGGCUUUGAGGUUGUUUCAAGUGUCUACUUUGGAUGCCGCGAUGAGCGGAUCCCUUGCAGGCGCUGAAGGUUUCACUACCGAAGGUGAACAGGAAAUGCUGUCUCGCGUAGAGAAACAGUUAAAAAGACGUUUUGCUAUCGGUACGCAAGUAUCCCAGCAAAACAUCGUCCAAGACUUUGUUCAGCAGGGCUAUCAAGAAAGGGCUAUUUUGAAAGUCCUUCAAGCGAUGAUCCGUAGGGGGCAGCUGCAGCAUAGGAUGCAGAGGCGCAUGCUGUACCGUAUCAGUUAAGCUCUAUUAUCAUUUUACUCAUUUCUUAUUUCUUAUUCUGUGUUGGUAUUUUUAAAAUAAUUUAGGAUUAAAAUCUUCUAUUACUAGAGCUUUUCUUGUGUUAACAUUGGUGAUGGGAAAAACCGAUUAAUUUCAGUAAUCGAGUGCUCGAGAUUCAAGCGACUCCAAUAACCGAAGCGAUUGCUCGAGCGAAAUUUCGCUCGUAUUUAAAAAUAUCGUCCCAUUGCUGCCAAAAGUCACUAACUUAUUUUUUAUUACUUCCGAGAAAAAUGCGU